AGUCUUUUUCCACUCAAGAUGAUACUUUCAAAGAUGUUCACACUGUGUAUGAUAUUUCUCCUCCUUAAACAAAUGGAUCAUGUUCCAGCUGCAGCACAAUCCUCAGCCAUUCGUCUCACGUCAGCCAAUGUUGGAGACACAGUGACUUUGCACUGUUUCCAUGAAGGUGACAUGGCAGUAAUAUUCUCCUGGUACAAGCAACCCUUUGGAAAUAUUCCUCGGCUCAUGUCAACAUAUUUUUUAAAGUAUGACAGUGACGCUGUAUUUUACCAUGAAUUUAUGGGUAACCCUCGCUUCUCAGUGGAAAGUGAUAAAGGAAAAAAUCACCUAAGGAUCUCAGACAUGGAACUCUCUGAUUCAGCCACAUACUACUGUGGGAGCACUUAUGGAAACAAGAUGGAGUUUGGAGAAGGAACCAUUCUCAUUGUAAAAGGUUCAGAGUCCAACAGCAAGACAGUUGUUCAGCAGUCUGUGUCUAAAUCAGUCCAGCUAGGAGACUCUGUGACUCUGAACUGUACAAUACACACUGAGACCUGUGUAGGAGAACACAGUGUCUAUUGGUUCAGACAUGGCUCAGGAGAAUCCCAUCCAGGAAUAAUUUACACCCAUGGAGACAGGGGUGAUCAGUGUGAGAACAGCCCUGAGGCUGGGUCUCCUACACAGAGCUGUGUCUACAAUCUCCCCAAGAGGAACCUCAACCUCUCUGAUGCUGGGACUUACUACUGUGCUGUGGCCUCAUGUGGGGAGAUACUGUUUGGGAACGGGACCACACUGGACUUUGAGGGUUGUGACUUUACUGCCCAGAUGAGAAUCCUGGUCCUUCUCUCCAUCAUAAGAACUGGAGUUCUCCUCUGCUGUGUGACCAUCUUCAUCAUUAUCUAUACCACCAGGAAAUAAAUAAAUCUUAGACAAAUGUCGAUUGACUUUCGGUU